GCAUGAAGGAUGGUGCCACGAGUCUGCAAGUGGAGCCUUCGCUCUCUGCGGGAUCUCUUCCUCUUCCUCAUCUUCAUCAUGGUGCUCUCCAUCGUCAUGACGAUCAACAUGAGCAGACAUCUGCCAUGGCUGCAGCCCCAGCCCGACCUCAACAUCCACGUGGAUGGCCAUCUGAACAUCUACCGCAGCCUGCAGCUCAGUGAUGGCAAGGAGGAAGGCUGGAGGAAGAGAGCAGCGGCCAGGAGAUCCACGAGACUGGGCAAACAGAUCCCCGACGAACACAGAGCUCUGGUCCAGAGACUGGUUCAGUUGGAGGAUGAGUCAUUGCCACAGAAGACCAAGCUUCCUGUUGUUAUUCUAGUAGAAGGGUCACUGUCAGCUAUAAAACAUGAAGUUCCUCUCAUAGAGUCUGCUUUCAGGCAACUCGGAGCUGAGGUCAAGUUCAAGGUCAGACCAGAUUCUGUCGUGUUGAGUCGGACAGUCCAGUCCAUCAGUGAGGACAAGGACAAGAAAGCGUGGACGGUCCUCAUGUGUCUGAGCAGUUUGUCGUCAGAGGCUUGUCACCAGACGUCCACACUCGAUCUCAGACAGAGGUUUCAGAAGCGGAAUAUCAUUCCCCAGUUGCAGAGCUUGCUGUUUGAGCCAGAGUUACUGUGCGAGAAAGACAAGGAAGGCCCAGGUAUUAUGAAAAACACAAAACCCCCACAAACAUCAUUUUAAUAUUGAUUAUAGGACUUUAUACCAACCUCAGUGAUGUAAUUGUUAAGCAGUCGGCCACGAUGAGUUUUAUUUUAGACAGACAGCCGAGAUAGCUGAAGUGUGUGUGCCCACAACAGCAUGCUUGAAC